AUGUACACAUCGUGUGUGGUUGUUUCUCCUCAAGAACUCCAUUUCAAAGCAUCAGAGUCAGUCUUUAUCUGUUACCAGUCCCACAAACUGCCUGUAUAUACACUGAGUAUACCAAACAUUAACACCUUCCUGAACCCUGCACUGAGGAUACAAAACAUUAUGAACCAUGCACUAAUAAAAAUUAGUAAGAUGACAUUCAUAUUCUGACAGUCUCCGAAAUUCACUUAGAUAAUACCUUUGAAACAGUGGUAGCAAUAAAUGGUUAUAAGAUCUACAGAAAAUACAGAAAUGCCAAAGGUGGAGGUGUGGCUGUUUUUUGUAUUCAGAACCACAUUCCUGUAAAGCUUAGAGAGGAUCUCAUGUUAAAUACUGUUGAGGUAAUAUGGCUACAGGUUAAUCUGCCUCACCUAAAGCCCAUUCUGGUGGGCAGCUGCUAUAGACCAAGUGCGAACAGUCAGUAUCUGGAUAACGUGUGACAUGCUUGAUAAUGUAUGUGAUAUCAAUAGAGGUAUAUUUUCUGGGUGAUUUUAAAUAUUGACUGGCUUUCAUCAGGCUGCCCACUCAAGAGAGAGCUUCAAACUGUAACUAGUGCCUGCAUCCUGGUUCAGCUUAUCAAUCAAUCUACCAGGGUAGUUACAAACAGUACAGGAAUGAAAUCAUCAACAUGUAUUAAUCAUAUAUUUUCUAAUGCUGCAGAAAUUUGUUUGAAAUCAGUAUCCAAAUUCAUUGGAUGUAGUGAUCACAAUAUAGGAGCCUUAUCUAGGAAAACCAAAGUUCCAAAGGCUGGGCCUAAUAUUGUGUAUAAGAGGUCAUACAAUACGUUUUGUAGUGAUUCCCAUGUUGUUGAUGUGAAGAAUAUUUGUUGGUCCGUGGUGUGUAAUGAUGAGCAACAAGAUGCUGCACUUGACACAUUUAUGAAAUUGCUUAUCCCAGUUACUAAUAAGCAUGCACCCAUUAAGAAAAUGACUGUAAAAACUGUUAAAUCCCAGUGGAUUGAUGAGAAAUUGAAAAAUUGUAUGAUUGAGAUGGAUGAGGCAAAAUAGAUGGCAAAUAGGUCUGGCUGUAUAACCGAUUGGCAAACGUACUUCAAAUUGAGAAAUCAUAUGACUAAACUGAAUAAAAAGAAACUACACUAUGAAACAAAGAUAAAUGACAUCAAGAAUGCUAGUAAAAAGCUUUUGAGCACCUUAAAUGACAUUUUUGGCAAAAAGGCAAACUCCGCUCCAUCAUUCAUUGAAUCAGAUGGCACAUUCAUCACAAAACCCACUGAUAUUGCCAACUAUUUAAAUGAUUUUUUCAUUGGCAAGAUCAGCAAACUUAGACAUGACAUGCCAGCAACAAACGCUGAUACUACACAUCCAAAUAUAUCUGACCAAAUUAUGAAAGACAAGCUUUGUAAUUUUUUAUUCCGUAAAGUAAGUGUGGAAGAGGUGAAAAAAGUAUUGUUGUCUAUCAACAAUGACAAGCCACCGGGGUCUGACAACUUGGAUGGAAAAUUACUGAUGAUAAUAGCGGACGAUAUUGCCACUCUUUUUUGCCAUAUCUUCAAUUUAAGCCUACUAGAAAGUGUGUGCCCUACCUAAGAAUAGUAAAGCCCCCUUAACUGGCUCAAAUAGCCAACCAAUCAGCCUGUCAACAACCCUUAGUAAACUUUUUGAAAGAAUGGUGUUUGACCAGAUACAAUGCUAUUUUUCAGUAAACAAAUUGACAACAGACUUUCAGCAUGCUUAUAGGGAAGGGCAUUCAACAAGCACAGCACUUACACAAAUGACUGAUUGGCUGAGAGAAAUUGAUGAUACAAAGAUUGGGGGAAGUCUAACAAAACAUACUGUUUUGUUAGACUUCAGUGCGGCUUUUGACAUUAUUGAUCAUAGUCUGUUGCUGGAAAAACGUAUGUUUUAUGGCUUUACACCCCCUGUUAUAUUGUGGAUAAAGAGUUACCUGUCUAACAGGACAGAGGGUGUUCUUUAAUGGAAGCCUCUACAACAAAAUCCAGGUGUAAUCAGGAAUUCCCCAGGGCAGCUAUCUAGGCCCGUUACUUUUUUCAAUCUUUACUAAUGACAUGCCACUGGCUUUGAGUAAAGCCAGUGUGUCUAUGUAAGCGGAUGACUCAACACUAUACCCGUCAGCUACCACAGCGACUGAAAUGAUUGACAUGCAUAUAUUUAUUCCACAUCAAGUAACUCAUGCCAGCAGUAAAAUUAGAUUUAUGAAACAGAUAAAAAUACACUUUAUGGAACAGCGGGGACUGUGAAGCAACACAAACAUAGAUGCAUGCAUACAAACACAUGAUAACAUACGCACUAUACACACAUACACAUGGAUUUUGUGUUAUAGAUAUGUGGUAGUAGAGUAGAUGCCUGAGGGCACACACUUAAUAUGUUGUAAAAUGUAUAACUUUAUCUCCAGUAUUUUCCACAACUUGUCAAAUGUAUUCCACGCAUCUGACUUCCCCUUUACCUUCUUAGCAACCAGUAAACAUUCUGAGUUUCGAGUUUAUUUUUCACGUCCUCUGCAUCCAUUUUGCUGUCACGUGUUACGGUGUUAGGAGUUUAUAACCAAUUUAUUGAUGUGAUCAUGAUAUGCGCUUGGUCAGGCCCUAUUGGUCACGUGCAUGCAUUGCAUACAGUGCAUUAUGAAAGUUUUCAGGCCCCUUCCCCUUUUCCACAUUUUGUUACGUUACAACUUUAUUCAAAAAUUGAUUAAUAAAAAAAAAAUACUCAUCAAUCUACACACAAUACCCAAUAAUGACCCAUGCGAAAACAGGUUUUUAGAAAUGUUUGCAAAAAAUAAAAAACAGAAAUACCUUAUUUACAUAAGUAUUCAGACCCUUUGCUAUGAGACUCGAAAUUGAGCUCAGGUGCAUCCUGUUUCCAUUGAUCAUCCUUGAGAUGUUUCUACAACUUGGUUGGAGUCCACCUGUGGUAAAUUCAAUUGAUUGGACAUGAUUUGGAAAGGCACACACCUCCCACAUUUGACAGUGCAUGUCAGAGCAAAAACCAAGCCAUGAGGUCGAAGGAAUUGUCCAUAGAGCUCCUUGACAGGAUUGUGUCGAGGCACAGAUCUGGGGAAGGGUAGCAUAUAAUGUCUGCAGCAUUGAAGGUCCCCAAGAACACAGUGGCCUCCAUCAUUCUUAAAUGGAAGAAGUUUGGAACCACCAAGACUCUUCCUACAGCUGGCCGCCCGGGCCUUUUAGAGCAAUCGGGGGAGAAGGGCCUUGAUCAGGUUGGUGACCAAGAACCCGAUGGUCACUCUGACAGAGCUCCAGAGUUCCUCUGUGGAGAUGGGAGAACCUUCUAGAAGGACAACAAUCUCUGCAGCACUCCACCAAUCAGGCCUUUAUCAUAGAGUGGCCAGACGGAAGCCACUCCUUAGUAAAAGGCACAUGACAGCCCGUUUGGAGUUUGCCAAAAGGCACCUAAAGACUCUCAGACCAUGAGAAACAAGAUUCUGUGGUCUGAUGAAACCAAGAUUGAACUCAAUGUCCUGAAUGCCAAGCGUCAAGUCUGGAGGAAACCUGGCACCAUCCCUACGGUGAAGCAUGGUGGUGGCAGCAUCAUGCUGUGGGGAUGUUUUUCAGGAUCAAGGGAAAGAUGAACGGAGCAGAGUACUUGAUGAAAACCUACUCAGGACCUUAGACUGGGGUGAAGGUUCACCUUCCAACAGGACAACAACCCUAAGCACACAGCCAAGACAACGCAGGAGUGGCUUCGGGACAAGUCUCUGAAUGUCCUUGAGUGGCCCAGACAGAGCUCUGACUUGAACCCGAUCGAACAUCUCUGGAGAGACGCUUCCCAUCCAACCUGACAGCGCUUGAGAAGAUCUGCAGAGAAAAAUGGGAGAAACUCCCCAAAUACAGGUGUGCCAAGCUUGUAGCGUCAUACCCAAGAAGACUCGAGGCUGUAAUCGCUGCCGAAGGUGCUUCAACAAUGUACUGAGUAAAGUGUCUGAAUACUUAUGUAAAUAUAAUAUUUCAGUUUUUGUUAUUAUAAAUUUGGCAAAAAAAUAUAGAAACUUUUGCUUUGUCAUUAUGGUGUAGUGUGUGUAGAUUGAUGAGGGGGGGGAAAACAAUGUAAUACAUUUUAGAAUAAGGCUGUAAUGUAACAAAAUGAGGAAAAAAAUCUGAAUACUUUCCAAAUGCACUGUACACGUGUCACGUAUAGAGAGCAAGGGAAUAGGAAAUGUUUUUCCUGAACAAAUGAGGGAUUUUGGUAACAACUUUUCAGUCAGAAAUGUCUUAAUUAUGUGGCAGCUUCAGCAACACGGACAGCGUGAUACACACUGUUGAUGUUCUGUGGUGGUCGCUGCAGCAGGGAGGAGAGAGAGAGACAGCGGGUGCUAGUCACAGUCACUCGCUGUUUUUUUUUUUUUUUUUUUACAUAGCUCAGCAAGUCGGAGCCAGGCCCAGCCUCCCUCUAGUCAUUUGUGUCUUAAUUAUUUCAUCAAACAGUUUGCUUAAAGCAUCAGACAAGCUCUGUGCAUAUAGUAUAAUUGAUUAAAACAUAUAGGAUGUGUCUAUAUAUGGAAAAAUACACGUUUUAAAAUUUCGAUUGGUCGAAAGAACAGACUCUUGGUCGACAAAUAUUUGUUUUGUCGGGGCAGCCCUAGUUGUUACAUUGGUGAGUAAAAGCUCAUGCUUCCUACCUUUAAAACAAUAUACUCUACAAGUACAUCAAAUUUAAAGGGUGGGCUCUCUUGUACUUUCUAAAAUAUGACCCAUUUUAUACAUAGAAAUUGAUAUUAUAGGUCAUUAAACAUUCAUAGCCCUCAUUUAAUAUUGCACAUUCAGCAAAUCUCCAGCAGAGGGAGUUUCCUUUGAAUCCAUUUUCCCAUUCACUGUGUUGAUGGUGCUAGGGAUGUGACAGUCUUGGAAUUUGAGCUUAUGGCAAUUGGCCAAGCCAAUGUACAAGGUCACCGACAUAACCAGGCAGGGUGGAGGUCAAAGAAGGGGAGGUCACAAUUCUGUUUGUACACUUGUUUUCAUGGAUAUGCUUCUUAAUAAAAACCUAUUUGAAUUAAGCCAUUACACUUAUUAUCAUGGCAUUUCAUUAUUAUCAUUCAGGUUAUUACUUAUAAAUAUUAAUUAACAAAUUAAGAAAUGCCAGGUUGGAGAGGAUCUGUUGCAUUUUCGUAUUGACAAUAUUAACAGAGUCAAAAUAAAGAUAUACCUACCUUGUCCUUUUCUAUUGGCUGUUCUGCAUAUAAUUGUUUUUAAUUCAGAUCCUAUUUCGAAGCUCAAAACCAUUCAAACGAAGUCCGGUGGGUUUUCUCCCACUUUUCCAGAAAUAUUCGCAUUACGUCACACACCCUGCUGCUGCGGUCAUUCGAUGGCAGUGGCAUAUGUUCUUCAAAGAGAGGAUGCCGUAAUGAGAUGAAUAAGAAUCAAACGCUCCUGUCAUGAUUUAAAGAGAUUGAGUCCAGACAGGCUACUUUAGGAAACGUUCUGAAUGGACAUACAGUGGGGGAAAAAAGUAUUUAGUCAGCCACCAAUUGUGCAAGUUCUCCCACUUAAAAAGAUGAGAGAGGCCUGUAAUUUUCAUCAUAGGUACACGUCAACUAUGACAGACAAAUUGAGGAAAUCAAAUCCAGAAAAUCACAUUGUAGGAUUUUUAAUGAAUUUAUUUGCAAAUUAUGGUGGAAAAUAAGUAUUUGGUCACCUACAAACAAGCAAGAUUUCUGGCUCUCACAGACCUGUAACUUCUUCUUUAAGAGGCUCCUCUGUCCUCCACUCGUUACCUGUAUUAAUGGCACCUGUUUGAACUUGUUAUCAGUAUAAAAGACACCUGUCCACAACCUCAAACAGUCACACUCCAAACUCCACUAUGGCCAAGACCAAAGAGCUGUCAAAGGAAACCAGAAACAAAAUUGUAGACCUGCACCAGGCUGGGAAGACUGAAUCUGCAAUAGGUAAGCAGCUUGGUUUGAAGAAAUCAACUGUGGGAGCAAUUAUUAGGAAAUGGAAGACAUACAAGACCACUGAUAAUCUCCCUCGAUCUGGGGCUCCACGCAAGAUCUCACCCCGUGGGGUCAAAAUGAUCACAAGAACGGUGAGCAAAAAUCCCAGAACCACACGGGGGGACCUAGUGAAUGACCUGCAGAGAGCUGGGACCAAAGUAACAAAGCCUACCAUCAGUAACACACUACGCCGCCAGGAACUCAAAUCCUGCAGUGCGAGACGUGUCCCCCUGCUUAAGCCAGUACAUGUCCAGGCCCGUCUGAAGUUUGCUAGAGUGCAUUUGGAUGAUCCAGAAGAGGAUUGGGAGAAUGUCAUAUGGUCAGAUGAAACCAAAAUAGAACUUUUUGGUAAAAACUCAACUCGUCGUGUUUGGAGGACAAAGAAUGCUGAGUUGCAUCCAAAGAACACCAUACCUACUGUGAAGCAUGGGGAUGGAAACAUCAUGCUUUGGGGCUGUUUUUCUGCAAAGGGACCAGGACGACUGAUCCGUGUAAAGGAAAGAAUGAAUGGGGCCAUGUAUCGUGAGAUUUUGAGUGAAAACCUCCUUCCAUCAGCAAGGGCAUUGAAGAUGAAACGUGGCUGGGUCUUUCAGCAUGACAAUGAUCCCAAACACACCGCCCGGGCAACGAAGGAGUGGCUUCGUAAGAAGCAUUUCAAGGUCCUGGAGUGGCCUAGCCAGUCUCCAGAUCUCAACCCCAUAGAAAAUCUUUGGAGGGAGUUGAAAGUCCGUGUUGCCCAGCGACAGCCCCAAAACAUCACUGCUCUAGAGGAGAUCUGCAUGGAGGAAUGGGCCAAAAUACCAGCAACAGUGUGUGAAAACCUUGUGAAGACUUACAGAAAACGUUUGACCUGUGUCAUUGCCAACAAAGGGUAUAUAACAAAGUAUUGAGAAACUUUUGUUAUUGACCAAAUACUUAUUUUCCACCAUAAUUUGCAAAUAAAUUCAUUAAAAAUCCUACAAUGUGAUUUUCAGGAUAAUUUUUUUCUCAUUUUGUCUGUCAUAGUUGACGUGUACCUAUGAUGAAAAUUACAGGCCUCUCAUCUUUUUAAGUGGGAGAACAUGCACAAUUGGUGGCUGACUAAAUACUUUUUUCCCCCACUGUAUAUGCCUAUAGAGAGAAUCAGCGAACUCACACACGCACACCCCCGUAAAAGCACCCGUCAAUCAAAGCCACCAGCAUACAUCAGAUACAAGCAAAUAUUUAUCCUUUCCUUAAAACGUAUUAAAAAACCUAGGCCUACGGUAGGCUUUCCGAAAGUAGGCUAUAAAUAAUGAAUUGACAAGGAAAGUAUGAAGGGGACAGCUGUGCUAUAGUAUGAAGGGGACAGCUGUGCUAUAGUAUGAAGGGGACAGCUGUGCUAUAGUAUGAAGGGGACAGCUGUGCUAUAGUAUGAAGGGGACAGCUGUGCUAUAGUAUGAAGGGGACAGCUGUGCAAUAGUAUGAAGGGGACAGCUGUGCUAUAGUAUGAAGGGGACAGCUGUGCUAUAGUAUGAAGGGGACAGCUGUGCUAUAGUAUGAAGGGGACAGCUGUGCUAUAGUAUGAAGGGGACAGCUGUGCUAUAGUAUGAAGGGGACAGCUGUGCUAUAGUAUGAAGGGGACAGCUGUGCUAUAGUAUGAAGAUGAAAAUGACUAUCAUUAAAAUAGAAACAAAUACACACAAUAUGCCCAAAGCCUAUUUAUCAGCAACGCUGAUUAUCGAGGGGGAGUGUUGGAAAGAUUUUUCAAAUACUGUGAGGAAGUAUUAUAAUUUGAAUGGAUGUAAAAAAAAUACUUAGUUGAUUUACUUUGUUAGGUGAAGAGAAAAUGACUGAGAAGCCCAGCGUAUUAGUGGUGGUGAGUUAAGACAAUCAGACAUCCCCAAAUGGGCACUUUCCUACAUUUGACAUUUGCGAGAAGCAGGCCAGGUACUUCUAUGCAUGCUCAGGCGCACGGUCUGUCAACAUUAACAGGACAGAGAAACCAGACAGAUGUUCACAUGGAGCACAUAAAUGACAGUAUGAAAUGAACACAAACUCGUUUCUCACAAGUGUAGCAGGUUGUGAACUCUGCAAACAACGUUUCCACCCCGAGAACGGUAAAUGACUGUAAUUAAUACAUGCAUUCACAUAAAUGUAUCUAGCCAAUUACAAACGGUAGGCUACCACAUGGGCAUUCGUAAAAGUGCAUUGUGGACCAAAACUGUAUAUAGCCUAGGCUACUAUUCUACUUUGCGGGGAUAGGAGGGUGGCACUUUUUUUUUGUCUCUCCUUGGGCGGCAUAUUGGCCAGAACCGGCCCUGAUCAGCGUUGAUUAGUCUAUAAAUAAAGAAAUGAUUCUGUAUGAAAUUAUACCAUGUCAGGUUGGAGAGGAUUGGUGCAUUGUCCAUUUGACACAACAUAUUGAUAUAAAACAUCCUUCCUCCCAAUGAAGUUUCUAUGUGAAAAUUGACAGAACAAUCUGAGAUACCAAAAAUAUUCCCUGUCCAAGGUGGUGUGGAAUCGCACCUAUUACCAUUAGGCCUAUUAUAUAACUUGCCAUGGUAUUGAAACUCAAUCAAGAUCAUUGUUCACACACACUUACCGAACAUGGGGCUGCAGUAGUUUGCCACCUGUUUUGCAUUUGGCUUUGUUAUGUAAGACAGAGUAUUGCUGCUGGGCCAGUAACCGAAAGGUCGCUUGUUCGAAUACCUGAGCUGACAAGGUGAAAGAUCUGUCGACGUGCCCUUGAGCAAGGCACCUAAACCUCAUUUGCUCCAGGGGCGCCGUAUUCUAUGGCUCACCCUGUAAAUUUCACUGCACCUAUCCGGUGUAUGUGACGACAAAACUUCUGUAGCACUUCUUUUAGGCUUGUAUCGAUUUACAAGGCCCAGCAUUUCGAAUGACCUCUAAAAUGGUAUGACUCACGAUAGUUCAUUGAGAAUCCAAAUGAAAUAGUCCAAUCGUGUGUCAACAGCCGCGGGAGACCAAGCUUUAUGCUUGUCCGUAUAAUGGUGUUCUACCCAUAGAAAUAUAAUCUAUAGAGUAUAGAUUAUAUUUCUAUGGUUGUACCUGUAUUUUAGGCUAUACCCUACUCCCUCAAGUUCAUGGGGUCAGAAGUGUCUUUGCGGACUCUUCACUUGAUUCCUUGUGUGCGUGUUUGGUGCGUGUUUGGUGCGUGCGUGUUUAGGUGUGUAUUUGUGUCUCACUCCUAACCUGUCCUCUCGCUCUCUCCCCAGGUCUCCCCAUGUCCGUGAGCCGUCGGCUGCGGCUCUGCGGCGCCCCACCCCUAGAGUGGUCUGUCACUGCAGUUCAGACCCCGUGAUCCCCCCCCUCUCUCCUACUCCUUCCCCCUUUCCUAUCCCAUCCCAUCCCACCCCUCCCCCUCCCCGCCCCCCUCCUCCUCCCUCCCACCGUUCCCCCCCCCUCCCUGUGCGCCGCUGUGCUGGACGUCAUGAGCAUAGUAAUCGCGCUGGGAGUCACCACACCAGAAACGUCCUACUCAGAUAUGGCUGCUGGAUCAGAGUGAGUACCACAGAGGGGAGGGGGGGGGGGGGGGGUUGAGGACAGGGAUGCUAGGGUGUUUGGGGGUAUCUCCUCUCUUCACACAACCCAACUAACCAUGUGCAGCAGUUCUAAACGUUUCUAAACUAGCUAGACACGCUUUUUUGGGCUUUUGCUUUUUCCACUGUGAGGGGCGGCAGGUAGCUUAGUGGUUAAGAGCGUUGUGCCAGUAACCGAAAGGUCGCUGGUUCUAAUCCCCGAGCCGACUAGGUGAAAAAUCUGUCGAUGUGCCCUUGAGCAAGGCACUUAACCCUAAUUGCUCCUGUAAGUCGCUCUGGAUAAGAGCGUCUGUUAAAUGACAAAUGUAAAUGUAAAAAAUUUAGAAUCAGGAAGUGACCAGGAGAGCUGGAAACUGUGGGAAGUGUAGGUCACAGUAAAGGCCCUCCAACCUAGACCAGGAAGCUGGGUCCCACCAGAGGCAGAAUUAGGCUUGGGCGGUAUCCAGAUUUUCAUACUUUCAUUCCGACCUUGUGCCAUACAGGGAUAUUCGGUAAUACCGGUACUGAACACGGGGCGCUAUUUUCAAACCCCACUGAGCCUUUGUAAUCCAAAGUUUCGCAAUGCUAACAAUUACAUGUAAAAUCCCAUAGAGAACGCUAACUAAAUGCUAACGAGUGCAUUGCGAACAUUUUAUACAGUGUCUGAGCUAAAUUAUUUUCAGGACAAACAUCCCAGCUCAUAAAGUUGUACAAGUAACUAAAAAAUGCUACUCAGUUUGCUGCACGCACAAAACAAAUAUUAGACAGCAAGGCUCUUGAUAAAGGAGGUGAUUCUCUGCUGUUACCAAGCGAAGCUUGAUUUAGGAAGAUAAUCACUUAGCUAGAUAGCUAACUAGUUAAUAAAUUAGCAAACCUAAUGCACAACUGCUGAGCAUUCAGCACAUUUUAGACUGUUAACUUAAUAGUGAAAAGAUAUCUAGCUGACAAACAUUUAGUUGUGAAUUCCAUACUGUAACUAGAUCACCUGGCGCGUGCUGCACAACAGUGAGUGACUCACAAAGCUCCGGUCUCUCGUCGUUGUGUGCUUGUAAACAAACACCACGGGACUAGGGAGUACCGGUAAGCUUCAUAAUUAAACAUUAUAUUUCUGGUGAAAUUAGCGUGACUUGGGAGUACCGGUAAGCUUCAUAAUGAAACAUUAUAUUUCUGGUGAAAUUAAGAAUGAGAUCUUCUUUAUCUUCUAAGUUGACAGCAGGUAUUUACUUAAUUAGCUACAAAUAUUGACAUUUAUUUAAAAACGUCAAAAAAUAGUUUCAAUGGUAUUGAAAACCCAUCCCGUGGUUAUUUCCAAAUACCCCGGUAUACCGCCCAAGCCUAGACUACCGGACGCCUUUCUCUCUAUGGGGCAGAAGGUAGCGUGAGAGACCAUUAGGAUCUGAACCCUCCUCCCCCUGUCUGUCAGGCCUUGCACGCAACCACCCCAUCACCUAGUGUCUGUGUCCCAAAUGACACCCUAUUCCAUACAUAGUGCACUAACUUUGAUCCAAAUAUAUAGGGAAUAGGGUACCAUUUGGGACAGAGCCUGUAACUGAUCAGUGAUGACCCCAAGGGUGGCUUUAGCGUGGCUGAGGCUAAAUCAGACAAGAAUUGGAACAGGAGCCAACUGCUCUGCUGAGCGCUGUAUGAGGAAAUGGCUCCAGACUGCACAGGGAAAACAAUCUGAACCCAGUGCUCCUACUACACUGUAGGUGAGCCAGAUGACUGAGCUUCUAUGGAAUGUAGCUGGAUCAGGCUCUUUCCCCUCCCCCAUGCAUCUCCCUUCUAAGAAACUCAACCUGACUCAGGGGAAGGCAUGCAGGGUGGGGGGAUUUCACCUCACAUGAAAACAAUGAGAAACAGAAAAGCCAACAUGGGCGACAUUUAGAAAAAUCCCCAGCCUGGAUGUAAUAUUUUCUUGUUUUGACAUGGAGCCUUUUGACAUUUUGAGAUCGUUCGGCAGGGCUACGUGCACCAGGCCUGUUAGUUGUUGGGUAAAAAGACAAGGUUGUUCUCUCCUCCCCUCCCACCGAAACCUCUGCUAAAGGGCAACGGGGGAGUUGUAUAAUACGCUAGGUAUCAUGGCCGCUGACAUUCCAUAUCCUGAAUGGUCAUCGUUCACCAAGACUUCCCUUGGCUCGUGAGGAUGUUUUGGGCUGUGGCGCCAUCUAGCGUACAGAACAGGCCUAGGAGAUUUCACCUUUGAGUUGGUUACAAGUAAAGCAGAUUCAUGCUGGAACCUCCCCAACAGGGUAGUAUUCAUCAGGACACACUGUACCAAAACGUUUUGCGACGAUAAGCGAGAAUGAGCAUGGCUUAUUGGACAAGUUUAGGUUGUCUUAUAUUGUUUUUUUCUGUUUUCAGUCUGUUUGGUGUGUUAUGAAUAUGACCAAGCUUAGCUGCUUAGUAGUUGAAAAAUGGCUUUCACUGUAGUUAAGUUGACUCUUUCUAGAUACGAUAUUUCAUUCUUAAUCUCCUAACUUUCCCUAUAUCUGGCUCUCGUUCUAUCUUUAACUCCUGUACAUUUCUCCAACUUACUCUAUAUUUUACUUAACUUUGUUUUACUCUCCCUUUUAAGGGUCAGACACACCGAGUGCCCAGAGUGUUGGCAGUUACCUUUUUGUUGUUCACACAGAACAGUGUUGCCUCCGAUUUGCUUCAUUUAAAUACUCCAGGCCACAAGGUGGCAGUAGCUUGUUUGGCUUGUGCAUCCUGGAGCUAAUGUAAGCUAACUAGCAAGCUGCUCUUAUGUUACUAAUUUACUUGAAAUGAAAGUCUGCAGAAGUGAGACUUCGUCCUUGUAUUUCUUGGCUGAGUUACAGUUCAUAUAAGGAAAUCAGUCAAUUGAAGUAAUCUCAUUAGGCCCUAAUCUAUGGAUUUCACAUGACUGGGCAGGGGCGUAGCCAUGGGUGGGCCUGGGAGGGCAUAGGCCCACCCACUGGGGAGCCAGGCCCAGCCAAUCAGAAUUACUUUUUCCCCCACAAAAGGGCUUUAUUACAGACAGAAAUACUCAGUUUCAUCAGCUGUCUGGGUUGCUGGUCUCAGACGAUCCCGCAGGUAAAGAAGCCGGAUGUAGAGGUCCUGGGCUGGCAUGGUUACAUGUGGUCUGCGGUUGUGAGGCCGAUUGGACCUACUGCCAAAUUCUCUAAAACGACGUUGGAGGCGGCUUAUGGUAGAGAAAUGAACAUUCAAUUCUCGGGCAACAGUUCUGGUGGCCAUUCCUGCAGUCAGCAUGCCAAUUGCACGCUCCCUCAAAACUUGAGACAUCUGUGGCAUUGUGUUGUGUGACAAAACUGCACAUUUUAGAGUGACCUUAUAUUGUCCCAAGCACGCGGUGCACCUGUGUAAUGAUCAUGCUGUUUAAUCAGCUUCUUGAUAUGCCACACCUUUCAGGUGGUUGGAUUAUCUUGGCAAAUGAGAAAUACUCACUAACAGGGAUGUGAACAAAUUUGUGCACAAAAUUGGCGAGAAAUAACCUUUUUGUGUGUAUGGAGCAUUUCUGGUUUUAUUUCAGCUCAUGAAACAUGGGACCAACACUUUACAUGUUGCGUUUUAUAUUUUCAUUCAGUAUAGAUAACUAGUGUAGUUAGCAACAUUAUAAUUAAAUCACAAUGGAUUCGUUUUUUAUUGAAGCAGCUGCCUGUUAUCUGUCGAGAGUUGGUGGAGUAGCUAGCUAGCUGUGUUGUGCUAAAUGGCGAUGAUAGCAAGUUUACUGGCACUGGCAGUAUGGGAUAAUGGAGAGUGAAUUAAAUGAUUUCUUCAUCUUGCUAGAUGGCUAGCUUGGUAAAGCAUUUAGUGUUCUGUGCAUUGUGCUUCACUUACCAUUUAAUUUGUUUAAUAUGAAGUGUGUGUGACUGCCUAGCUCAGUUAGCGAGCUAAAGUUAGCUAGCUAGCUAAAUAAUGAGCAGUUGCACAUUAUCAAACUGAACCUAACAAAAAAAAAAUCCCUAGCUAAAUGUAAAAGAUGUAAAGACUUGCUAUAGAAAAAAAAGAUGUAUUAUGAAGUGUUAUUGUUUUAGUUAGAACAAUUCUAAUAAAUAGGGGGUGGAUUACACCAGGAAAAGUGCCCUCUUUUUCACUUAUCACUGCUGUCGGCUCCCCCUCGUGGAGGUUUGUGCUCUCUGAUUGGCUCAAAGUCAACUUCUCGGCAACUGAUGAGCAUUGCGAUUCUACAAGUAGAAACUGAGGUUUGUCGGUACACAGCAGGGACGUCUUUGUUCAAGCAAGAGAAGGAACAGCCUCCUACUGUGCUAAGUACCUAUCAGCAGUCAGAUUUCUCAGUGUGUCUGUACCAUUACUCUUUUACUCUCCAUGUUUCUCCUGCUUACGCUUUCGUUCUCUCUCCCUUUCUCAGCCCUGAGUCAGUGGAAGCAAGCCCUGCCGUGAAUGAGAAAAACUACCCUAACCACAGCUGUGUGAGUGCACAGAGUCAUGGGUAUCGGGGACUACCAUAUACUGUAAGUACACAGCUCUUUUCUUCCUUCAUCACUUGGCCAAUUUUAUAGGCCAGUCUCUCUUAUAUAUAAAGAUAUCAACAUUCCAAUCAAGUACCUUUUGUAAGAUAUCCCUUGUGGACUUUUCGCAGUAUACUAAAUGAAUGUGUCGGUCUGAGCGCGUAAGGCCAGUACUGUUGCAUGCAUAGUCUUAGAUCAGAGAGGAAGGAGAGUCCCGCACGACAUGCUAAGUCUCAAGUAUCUAGAAAAACAUAACAAAAUAAAGUCAGCGCAAGGCUGUAAUACUAUGAAUCUCUAAUGCUGAUUAACACGUUCGCAGCACCCUCUUGCGUUUUUAGCUAACAUGCUGUAUUGUGUCACGUACCAUUUUGUUUGCCCUCAUUUUCAUUCGUCUUCCAUUUUCCGUUUCCCCCUUCUUCCUUUUUUUUGUGCCUGAACACCCAUUGUUUGAAGAUGCAACAGUCUUCCGUUGUGUGUUGUCAGGAUCACAACUAUGGCGCGCCCCCUCCCCCCACCCCACCCGCCUCCCCGCUCUCCCAAACCAUCAUCCCCCGCAUGGAGCUCAACGGCAUGGCACGCGGCCCUAACUCCCGCUACCACGACAACGGCCGCCAGGAGGAGAACUCUGCUGACAGCGACAGCUCGUCGGAGGAAGAAGGGGCCGUGGCCGGCUGGUGCCACUGCAGCCUGACUCAGGAUGGCUUCCUCAUAAAGUGCGAGAGCUGCAGGUGAGAGCCAGCGGCGGCCAUUUUGAGAAAAGGUUCCAAAUACAUGGUACACUCUGUGUAGGAUGUUGGAUGGUUGUGUGUAUAUAUAUAUAUAUAUAUAUAUAUAUAUAUAUAUAUAUAUAUAUAUAUAUAUAUAUAUAUAUAUAUAUAUAUAUAUAUAUAUAUAUAUAUUAGCCAUAUUAAUGGUGGGUCACCACUUCUAGUUGUCUUACAUUGAAUACAGACAUAUAUAUAUAUAUAUAUAUAUAUAUACAUAUACAUACAGUGGGGAGAACAAGUAUUUGAUACACUGCCGAUUUUGCAGAUUUUCCUACUUAAAAAGCAUGUAGAGGUCUGUAAUUUUUAUCAUAGGUACACUUCAACUGUGAAAACAAAAAUCCAGAAAAUCACAUAGUAUGAUUUUUAAGUAAUUAAUUUGCAUUUUAUUGCAUGACAUAAGUAUUUGAUCACCUACCAACCAGUAAGAAUUCCGGCUCUCACAGACCUGUUAGUUUUUCUUUAAGAAGCCCUCCUGUUCUCCACUCAUUACCUGUAUUAACUGCACCUGUUUGAACUCGUUACCUGUAUAAAAGACACCUGUCCACACACUCAAUCAAACAGACUCCAACCUCUCCACAAUGGCCAAGACCAGAGAGCUGUGUAAGGACAUCAGGGAUACAAUUGUAGACCUGCACAAGGCUGGGAUGGGCUACAGGACAAUAGGCAAGCAGCUUGGUGAGAAGGCAACAACUGUUGGCGCAAUUAUUAGAAAAUGUAAGAAGUUCAAGAUGACGGUCAAUCACCCUCGGUCUGGGGCUCCAUGCAAGAUCUCACCUCAUGGGGCAUCAAUGAUCAUGAGGAAGGUGAGGGAUCAGCCCAGAACUACACGGCAGGACCUGGUCAAUGACCUGAAGAGAGCUGGGACCACAGUCUCAAAGAAAACCAUUAGUAACACACUACACCGUCAUGGAUUAAAAUCCUGCAGCGCACGCAAGGUCCCCCUGCUCAAGCCAGCGCAUGUCCAGGCCCGUCUGAAGUUUGCCAAUGACCAUCUGGAUGAUCCAGAGGAGGAAUGGGAGAAGGUAAUGUGGUCUGAUGAGACAAAAAUAUAGCUUUUUGGUCUAAACUCCACUCGCCGUGUUUGGAGGAAGAAGAAGGAUGAGUACAACUCCAAGAACACCAUCCCAACCGUGAAGCAUAGAGGUGGAAACAUCAUUCUUUGGGGAUGCUUUUCUGCAAAGGGGACAGGACGACUGCACCGUAUUGAGGGGAGGAUGGAUGGGGCCAUGUUUCGCGAGAUCUUGGCCAACAACCUCCUUCCCUCAGUAAGAGCAUUGAAGAUGGGUCGUGGCUGGGUCUUCCAGCAUGACAACGACCCAAAACACACAGCCAGGGCAACUAAGGAGUGGCUCCGUAAGAAGCAUCUCAAGGUCCUGAAGUGGCCUAGCCAGUCUCCAGACCUGAACCCAAUAGAAAAUCUUUGGAGGGAGCUGAAAGUCCGUAUUGCCCAGUGACAGCCCCGAAAUCUGAGGGAUCUGGAGAAGGUCUGUAUGGAGGAGUGGGCCAAAAUCCCUGCUGCAGUGUGUACAAACCUGGUCAAGACCUACAGGAAAUGUAUGAUCUCUGUAAUUGCAAACAAAGGUUUCUGUACCAAAUAUUAAGUUCUGCUUUUCUGAUGUAUCAAAUACUUAUGUCAUGCAAUAAAAUACAAAUUAAUAACUUAAAAAUCAUACAAUGUGAUUUUCUGGAUUUUUGUUUUAGAUUCCGUCUCUCACAGUUGAAGUGUACCUAUGAUAAAAUUACAGACCUCUACAUGCUUUGUAAGUAGAAAAACCUGCAAAAUCGGCAGUGUAUCAAAUACUUGUUCUCCCCGCUGUGUGUGUGUGUAUGUAUGUAUGUAUGUAUGUAUGUAUGUAUGUGUGUAUGUAUAUGUAUGUAUAUAUAUAUAUAUAUAUAUAUUAUAUAUAUAUGCUAUGAAAAAGUAUUUGCCCCCUUUCUAAUUUUCUCUACUUUUGCAUAUUUGUGAUACUGAAUGUUAUCAGAUUUUCAACCAAAACCUAAUAUUAGAUAAAGGGAACAUAAGUGAACAAAUAACACAACAAUUACAUAUUUAUUUCAUUUAUUUCAUAAACAAAGUUAUGCAACACCCAAUUCCCCUGUGUUAAAAAGUAAUUGCCCCCUUACACUCAAUAACUGGUUGUGCCACCUUUAGCUGCAAUGACUCCAACCAAAUGCUUCCUGUAGUUGUUGAUCAGUCUCUCACGUCACUAUAGAGGAAUUUUUGCCGACUCUUCCAUGCAGAACUGCUUUAACUCAGUGACGUGUGGGUUUUCAAGCAUGAACUGCUCGUUUCAAGUCCUGCCACAACAUCUCAAUUGGGGUUAGGUCUGGACUUUGACUAGGCCAUUCCAAAACUUCCAAUUUGUUGCUUUUUAGCAAUGUUCAUGUAGACUUGAUUGUGUGUUUUGGAUCAUUGUCUUGCUGCAUGACCCAGCUGCGCUUCAGCUUCAGCUCACAGACGGAUGGUCUGACAUUCUCCUGUAGAAUUCUCUGAUACAGAGCAGAAUUCAUUGUUCCUUCUAUUAAGGCAAGUCGUCCAGGUCCUGAGGCAGCAAAGCAUCCCCAAACCAUCACACCACCACCACCAUGCUUGACCUUUGGUAUGAUGUUCUUACUGUGGAAUGCAGUGUUUGGUUUUCGCCAGGCAUUACUGGAACUAUGUCAUCCAAAAAGUUAUGUUCCCUUUAUCUAAUAUUAGGUUUUGGUUGAAGAUCUGAUAACAUUCAGUAUCACAAAUAUGCAAAAGUAGAGAACAUUAGAAAGGGGGAAAAUACUUUUUUAUAGCACUGUAUAUAUAUGACUUAUAGUAUAUCAUAUAUACAGUGCAUUCGGAAAGUAUUCAGACCCCUUGACUUUUUCCGCAUUUUGUUACAUUACAGCCUUAUUCUAAAAUUGAUUAAAUAGUUUUUUCCCUCAUCAAUCUACACACAAUACCCCAUAAUGACGAAGCAAAAACAGGUUUUUAGAAAUGUUUGUAAAUGUAAAAAAAAAGAAAGGAAAUAUCACACUUACAUAAGUAUUAAGACCCUUUACUCAGUACUUUGCACCUUUGGCAGCGAUUACAGCCUUGAGUCUUCUUGAGAUGAUGCUACAAGCUUGGCACACCUGUAUUUGGGAGUUUCUCCCAUUCUUCUCUGCAGAUCCAGGUCAGGUUAGAUGGGGAGUGUCGCUGCACAGCUAUUUUCAGGUGUCUCCAGAGAUGUUCGAUCGAGUUCAAGUCCGGGCUCUGGCUGGCCACUCAAGGACAUUGAGACUUGUCCCGAAGCCACUCCUGCGUUGUCUUGGCUGUAUGCUUAGGAUCGUUGUCCUGUUGGAAGGUGAUCCUGUUUCCAUUGAUAAUCCUUGAAAUGUUUCUACAAAGUACACCUGUGGUAAAUUCAAUUGAUUUGGACAUGAUUUGGAAAGGCACACACCUGUCUAUAUAAGCUAAAACAGCUGACAGUGCAUGUCAGAGCAAAACCAAGCCGUGAAGUCGAAGGAAUUGUCCGUAGAGCUCCGAGACAGGAUUGUGUCGAGGCACAGAUCUGGAGAAGGGUACCAAAAAAUGUCUGCAGCAUUGAAGGUCCCAAAGAACACCGUGGCCUCCAUUCAUUUUUAAAUGGAAGAAGUUUAGAACCACCAAGACUCUUCCUAGAGCUGGCCCCCUGGCCAAACUGAGCAAUUGGGUGAGAAGGGCCUUUGUCAGGAAGGUGACCAAGAACCCGAUGGUCACUGACAGAGCUGCAGAGUUCCUCUGUGGAGAUGGGAGAACCUUCCAGAAGGACAACCAUCUCCGCAGCACUCCACCAAUCAGGCCUUUAUCGUAGUGGCCAGACGGAAGCUACUCCUCAGUAAAAGGCACAUGACAGCCCACUUGGAGUUUGCCAAAAGGCACCUUAAGGACUCUCAGACCAUGAAAAACAAGAUUAUCUGGUCUGAUGAAACCAAGAUUGGAAUCUUUGGCCUGAAUGCCAAGCGUCACAUCUGGAAGAAACCUGGCACCAUCCCUACGGUGAAGCAUGGUGGUGGCAGCAUCAUGCUGUGGGGAUGUUUUUCAGCGGCAGGGACUGGGAGACUAGUCAGGAUCGAGGGAUAGAUGAACAGAGCAAAGUACAAAGAGAUUCUUGAUGAAAACCUCCCGAGUGGCGCAGUGCUCUAAGGCACUGCAUCGCAGUGCUAGCUGUGCCACUAGAGAUCCUGGUUCGAAUCCAGGCUCUGUCGUAGCCGGCCGCGACUGGGAGACCCAUGGGGCGGCGCACAAUUGGCCCAGCGUCGUCCAGGGUAGGGGAGGGAAUGGCCGGCAGGGAUGUUGGUAGAGCAUGGCGUUUGCAACGCCAGGGUUGUGGGUUCGAUUCCCACGGUGGGCCAGUAUAAAAAAAAAACAAAAAAAAAAUAUAUAAUAUAUGCACUCACUAACUGUAAGUCGCUCUGGAUAAGAGCGUCUGCUAAAUGACUUAAAUGUAAAAAUGUAAAUGUAAAACCUGCUCCAGAGCGCUCGGGACCUCAGACUGGGGCGAAGGUUCACCUUCCAACAGGACAACGACCCUAAGCACACAGCCAAGACAACGCAGGAGUGGCUUCGGGACAAGUCUCUGAAUGUCCUUGAGUGGCCAGCCAGAGCCCGGACUUGAACCCGAUCGAACAUCUCUGGAGAGACCUGAAAAUAGUUGUGCAGCGACACUCCCCAUCCAACCUGACAGAGCUUGAGAGGAUCUGCACAGAAGAAUGAGAGAAACUCCCCAAAUACAGGUGUGCCAAGCUUGUAGCAUCAUACCCAAGAAGACUCAAGGCUGUAAUCGCUGCCAAAGGUGUUUCAACAAAGUACUGAGUAAUGGAAAGGUCAUAUUUUAUAAUGGCGCCGGAGGAGAUUGCUGCCGUUUUACGGCCCACCAACCAAUUGUUUUACGUUUAUUUAUAAUUUAUUCGGAACAUAAUGUUUCUGACACCGUCUCUUAUGACCAAAAAGAGCAUCUUGAUAUCAGGACAGCGAUUACUCACCUCGUAUUGGAUGAAGAUUUUUUUUCAACGAGUGAGACGUUAAGGAUAUUCUACAGACACCCGACAAGGCCCAAAUCCCCGUCAUUCGCAUGAGAGAUGGAGAUAUCGUGGAUGUAGGUCGGGGUACCUUGUACGGAUCUGACGGCGAGCGAGUAAUCUGCCUCUUCCGUCCUAUUAGCCAACGUACAAUCAUUGGAAAACAAAAUGGACGACCUACGAUCAAGGAUAUCCUACCAACGGGACAUUAAAAACUGUAAUAUCUUAUGUUUCACCGAGUCGUGGCUGAACAUGCAGCUGGUGGGAUAUACGCUACAUCGGCAGGAUAAAACGGCUGACUCCGGUAAGACAAGGGGUGGCGGUCUGUGUAUAUUUGUAAACAACAGCUGGUGCACUAAAUCUAAUAUUAAGGAAGUCUCAAGGUUUUGCUCGCCUGAGGUAGAGUAUCUCAUGAUAAGCUGUAGACCACACUAUUUAUCAAGAGAGUUUUCAUAAAACUCAAGACCACCUUUUACUCCACACACAGAGACGCGUACAAAGCUCUCCCUCGCCCUCCAUUUGGCAAAUGUGACCAUAAUUCUAUCACCUGAUUCCUGCUUAUUAGCAAAAACGAAAGCAGGAAGCACCAGUGACUCGGUUAAUAAGGAAGUGGUCAGAUGACGCAGAUGCUAAGCUACAGGACUGUUUUGCUAGCACAGACUGGAAUAUGUUCCGGGAUUCUUCCGAUGGCAUUGAGCAGUUCACCACAUCAGUCACUGGCUUCAUCAAUAAGUGCAUCGAUGACGUCAUCCCCACAGUGACCGUACGUUCAUACCCCUACCAGAAGCCAUGGAUUACAGGUAACAUCCGCACUGAGCUAAAGGGUAGAGCUGCCGCUUUCAAGGAGCGGGACUCUAACCCGUACAUUUAUAAGUAAUCCUGGUAUGCCCUCCGACGAACCAUCAAACAGGCAAAGAGUCAAUACAGGACUAAGAUUGAAUCGUACUACACCGGCAUCGACGCUUGUCGGAUGUGGCAGGGCUUGCAAACUAUUACAGACUACAAAGGGAAGCACAGCCGCGAGCUGCCCAGUGACAUGAGCCUAGCAGACGAGCUAAAUCACUUCUAUGCUCGCUUCGAAAAAAGCAACACUGAAGCAUGCAUGAGAGCAUCAGCUGUUCCGGAUGACUAUGUGAUCACGCUCUCCGUAGCCGAUGUGAGUAAGACUUUUACGCAGGUCAACAUUCACAAGGCCGCUGGGCCAGUCGGAUUACCAGGACGUGUACUCCGAACAUGUCCCUGACUGAGUCUGUAAUACUAACAUGUUUCAAGCAGACCACCAUAGUCCCUGUGCCCAAGAACACUAAGAACCUGCCUAAAUGACUACCGACCUGUUGCACUCACGUCUGUAGCCAUGAAGUGCUUUGAAAGGCCGGUCAUGGCUCACAUCAACACCAUUAUCCCAUAAACCCUAGACCCACUCCAAUUUACAUACCGCCCCAACAGAUCCACAGAUGAUGCAUUCUCUAAUGCACUCCACACUGCCCUUUCCCACCUGGACAAGAGGAACACCUAUGUGAGAAUGCUAUUCAUUGACUACAGCUCAGCGUUCAACACCAUAGUGCCCUCAAAGCUCAUCACUAAGCUAAGGACCCUGGGACUAAACACCUCCCUCUGCAACUGGAUCCUGGACUUCCUGACGGACUUCCUGACUUACCAGGUGGUAAGGGUAGGUAACAACACAUCUGCCACUCUGUUCCUCAACACGGGGGCCCCUCAUGGGUGCGUGCUCAGUUCCCUCCUGUACUCCCUGUUCACCCAUGGCUGCAUGGUCAAGCAUGACUCCAACACCAUCAUUAAGUUUGCAGACGACACAACAGUAGGCCUGAUCACCGACAACGAUGAGACAGCCUAUAGGGAGGAGGUCAGAGACCUAGCCGUGUGGUGCCAAGAUAACAACCUCUCCCUCAAUGUGAUCAAGACAAAGUAGAUGAUUGUGGACUGCAGGAAAAAAAAGAGGACUGAGCACACCCCCAUUCUCAUCAUCGGGGCUGUAGUGGAACAGGUUGAGAGCUUCAAGUUCCUUGGUGUCCACAUCACCAACAAACUAUCAUGGUCCAAGCACACCAAGACAAUCGUGAAGAGGGCAUGACAAAGCCUAUUCCCCCUCAGGAGACUGAAAAGUUUUAGCAUGGGUCCUCAGAUCCUCAAAAAGUUAUACAGCUGCACCAUCGAGAGCAUCCUGACUGGUUGCAUCACUGCCUGGUACGACAACUGCAGCACAUCACUGGGGCCAAGCUUCCUGCCAUCCAGGACCGCUAUACCAGGCGGUGUCAGAAGAAGACUCAAGCCACCCUAGUCAUAGACUGUUCUCUCUGCUACUGCACGGCAAGCGGUACCAGAGCACCAAGUCUAGGUCCAAAAGGCUUCUUAACAGCUUCUACCCCCAAGCCAUAAGACACCUGAACAGCUAAUCAUGGCUACCCGGACAAUUUGCAUUGUCCCCUCCCCCUCUUUUACGCUGCUGCUACUCUUUUCAUUAUCUAUGCAUAGUCACUUUAACUCUACCCACAUGUACAUAUUACCUAAAUGACCUCGACUAACCUGUGCCCCCGCACAUUGACUCUGCACCGGUACCUGUUUUUGCUUUGUCAUGAUGGGGUAUUGUGUGUAGAUUGAUGAGGAAAAAAACAAUUUAAGCCAUUUGAGAAUAAGGCUGUAACGUAACAAUGUGAAAAACGGCAGGAGGUCUGAAUACUUUUCCGAAUGCACUGUAUAUAUAAGAUCUGCAAUUUCCUGGUUGUAAUGUUCAUAUUUCUGUGAUUUCAGGGGGCUAGACAGGAGGAAAGGACUGGACGGCCAACGCCGGAAACAAGAAAAUGUAUCAGGUAUGGUGAAUGCCACAUGACAUAGACUGCAUAACAUACAGUGAGGGGAAAAAAGUAUUUGAUCCCCUGCUGAUUUUGUACGUUUUCCCACUGACAAGGACAUGAUCAGUCUAUAAUUUUAAUGGUAGGUUUAUUUGAACAGUGAGAGACAAAAUAACCACACAAAAAAUCCAGAAAAAACGCAUGUCAAAAAUGUUAUAAAUUGAUUUAUAUUUUAAUGAGGGAAAUAAGUAUUUGACCCCUCUGCAAAACAUGAUUUAGAACUUGGUGGCAAAACCCUUGUUGGCAAUCACAGAGGUCAGACUUUUCUUGUAGUUGGCCACCAGGUUUGCACACAUCUCAGGAGGGAUUUUGUUCCACUCCUCUUUGCAGAUCUUCUCCAAGUCAUUAAGGUUUCGAGCCUGACGUUUGGCAACUCAAACCUUCAGCUCCCUCCACAGAUUUUCUAUGGGAUUAAGGUCUGGAGACUGGCUAGGCCACUCCAGGACCUUAAUGUGCUACUUCUUGAGCCACUCCUUUGUUGCCUUGGCCUUGUGUUUUGGGCCAUUGUCAUACUGGAAUACCCAUCCACUACCCAUUUUCAAUGCCCUGGCUGAGGGAAGGAGGUUCUCACCCAAGAUUUGACGGUACAUGGCGCCGUCCAUCGUCCCUUUGAUGCGGUAAAGUUGUCCUGUCCCCUUAGCAGAAAAACACCCCCAAAGCAUAAUGUUUCCACCUCCAUGUUUGACGGUGGGGAUGGUGUUCUUGGGGUCAUAGGCAGCAUUCCUCCUCCUCCAAACACGGCGAGUUGAGUUGAUGCCAAAGAGCUCGAUUUUGGUCUCAUCUGACCGCAACACUUUCACCCAGUUCUCCUCUGAAUCAUUCAGAUGUUCAUUGGCAAACUUCAGACGGGCCUGUAUAUGUACUUUCUUGAGCAGGGGGACCUCCGUGUGCUGCAGGAUUUCAGUCCUUCACGGCAUAGUGUGUUACCAAUUGUUUUCUUGGUGAAUAUGGUCCCAACUGCCUUGAGAUCAUUGACAAGAUCCUCCCGUGUAGUUCUGGGCUGAUUCCUCACCGUUCUCAUGAUCAUUGCAACUCCACAAGGUGAGAUUUUGCAUGGAGCCCCAGGCCGAGGGAGAUUGACAGUUAUUUUGUGUUUCUUCCAUUUGCGAAUAAUCGCACCAACUGUUGUCAACUUCUCACCAAGCUGCUUGGCGAUGGUCUUGUAGCCCAUUCCAGCCUUGUGUAGGUCUACAAUCUUGUCCCUGACAUCCUUGGAGAGCUCUUUGGUCUUGGCCAUGGUGGAGAGUUUGGAGUCUGAGUUAUUGAUUGCUUCUGUGGACAGGUGUCUUUUAUACAGGUAACAAGCUGAGAUUAGGAGCACUCCCUUUAAGAGUGUGCUCCUAAUCUCAGCUCGUUACCUGUAUAAAAGACACCUGUGAGCCAGAAAUCUUUCUGAUUGAGAGGGGGUCAAAUACUUAUUUCCCUCAUUUAAAAUACAAAUCAAUUUAUAACAUUUUUGACAUGGGUUUUUCUGGAGUUUUUGUUGUUAUUCUGUCUCUCACUGUUCAAAUAAACCUACCAUUAAAUGUAUAGACUGAUCAUUUCUUUGUCAGUGGGCAAACGUCCAAAAUCAGCAGGGGAUCAAAUACUUUUUUCCCUCACUGUAUAUCUCAAUGUGCGUAUUCCAGGUAUGGAACACACAUACAGCCACCACAUUAAUGCACUGGCAGUACGUAGAUACAUGGUGCCACUUGGCCUCAACUUAACCUCACGUAAACUCCAUGGGCCAGUUUUCCUGGACGCUGAUUAAGUUUAGGGCUUUUCACACACACUUCAUAGCUAUAGUUCGAAUCCGACUUUGAUUUCAUUUGUUACAUUUGUAUUUGUAUACAUUUGGUCAUGUUGGUUUCACAUUGCCAAAUGUCAAACAAAACCAUGUGUUCAUACGAGUCAUUUGUUUAUUGGAGAAAAUUGUCACGUUAAAUCCAUCUAUGAUUAUCAAGAAGCAUAACUUGUGUGUCCCAAACUUCAUAUUACUUUCGCUUUGGUCAUCCAACAAAAGUGGGAGGAAACAGCGCAAAAUCCGCUCUAACGGCGACAAUGGCCGCCUGGAGGAGAAUAUACUACAGUCCCUAGUGAAAGUCGACACACCCCUUGCACAAUCUUCACAUUUUGCUGCCUUAAAAUUAUAUCUAAAAAGGGAUUAAAUUGGAGUUUGUUCCUUCAGAUCUACACAACCUACUCCACAUAUUCAAAAUGAAAGAAAGUUAGAGAACAUUUUCUAAACAAAAAAACAAAUAGUCUUGAUUAAAUAUGUCUUCACACCCCAGAGUUAGUACUUGGUGGAAGCAUCUUUGGCAGACAUUACAGCUGUGAAUCAUUUGGAAUAAUAUUCUACCAACUUUGCACAACUCUUAGGGGAACAUAUGUCCAUUGUUUCGGUCAAAAUUGCUCAAGCUCAGUAAAUUUGGUUGGGAAUCAUUGAUGGACAGCAAUAUUUCAACCUUGACUGAUCGUCAAACAAAUUUAAGUCCGUACAGAGGCUAGACCACCCAUGAACACGCAACAUCUCUUGGAGAGCCAUGUGUCUUUAAUAUAAAAAUCUGUGUAAGUGUCUUGCUGAUAAAACUCUAUCCCAGGGUUUUCAGAAGACUGAGGCAGGUUUUCCUUUAACUUUUUACCUGGGCUUUGCUCCUUUCAUUUUUCUUUUGAUCCUGACAAACUCCCCAGUCCCUGCCAAUGACAAGCAUAACAUGAUGCUGCCACCGCAAUACUUGAAAAUACUAUGUAAUCCCUUUUUAGAUUUUAUUUUAAGGCAGCAAAAUGUGAAGACUGUGCAAGGGGUGUGUAGACUUUCACUAGGGACUCAGUAGCCUACAGUAUAGCCCCCUUCUCCAUUAAUCUGCAUGGAUGCGCUCAUAAAUGCGCUGUUACAUAAAUGCGCUGCUACUCACAGAAUGUUAAGUUAUGGUACUGCGUGCAUUUUAUCAAAGACUGGCAGUCAAACAACCAAUAAUACUGCAUGCGCCUCUGGUUCUUUUACUGUUUGGUACGGACUGCAGCAAACCACACCACAGUACAAAUGGAAUCGGACCGAGACUUUUUGAGCAAACCACGGUGUUGGAUAGUGCACUCCCUAGUGUUCACACCAGUCCAAACGAACUGAACUAAGGGAGAAAACGCGCCAGAGUUUGGAAAAACCGCUCCAAUCCAAUUUGGUGUGAAAAGCACCCUUAGGCCUGGUCUAAAAAGCUAAAUGCAGAAUCUCUAUUUAAAUAGCUUUUUAGUCCGGGAAACCAACCCUAAGUCUUUACUGUUGGCGUGCCCAGGUGGAAACUAACUUUGCCAAGUACCUGUGCAUGCUCAAAUCUCUCUUGUGCUUCUAGUGGGCGAUAGCAGUGCCACAGAGAGUGGGGACGAGGAGGUGUCGCCGGCCACUGUGUCCUACACGGCAACGCAGCACACGCCCACCAGCAUCACGCUCACUGUCAACCGGAUCAAGCGGAACAAGUCCAAGAAGAGGAAGAAGAGCACAGAGAAGGCCCGUGGAGCGCCCAAGGGCAAGAAAAUUAAGGUAGGAACUAGGGAGCAAGGGCACAGACCUGAAAAGGGCACACUUAGCAAAGAGUCCUAAGUGUGUGCGAAAUGCGAGGCAUGCCAGGCAAAAGCUAGCGGAAGGUGCCAGCCACUACGUGGGUUAAAUGCAGCGGUAGCGACGGCAAGAGUAUCCUUGCUAAAGACACCGAUAGUAUGGGGAAAAUGGCCAAGUGUACCAAAUGCCACAUGAGCAAAGUGUAAAAAGGGUGCUGAGGGUGCAAAUUCAAAACCCACAGCUAGGAAGAGGACCAAGAUCGUAAAGUUUCCUGUUUUAACUUGCUCUUAAGGCUGAAUAUGCCAAUUAUACCUAUAGAGGCCAAGAGAGAAGUGGCAGUCUUUUUCUAGUAGCAGAAAGUUAUUUUUGCUACAUUAUUUAGAUGAAUCUCUGAAACGUGUAAACAUUGUAAGUAGACUUUCUGAAACGUUGUUUAAACGUUGUGAGUAGUAGACCCUCUGAAUGUUGUCUAAACGUUGAGUAGUAGACUCUCUGAAACAUUGUCUAAACGCUGUGUGUAGACUCUGAAACAUUGUCAAAUGCUGUGAGUAGACUUUGAAACGUUGUGUAAACGUUGUAAGUAAACGACCGUGUCUGUCUUUACAGGCCUUCAGAGAGGGUUCUAGAAAGUCCAUGAGGAUGAAGGUAAGAUUAAUUCAUUCCCGAGGAUCUUCUGUUUAGUUAUAUAUGAACAUAUAAAUGACACAUUUGAACUUCACAGCAGUAGUGAACGGGAUCAAGAAAUCAUCAGUGCCACUUUGUUAGCGUCAGGGUUCCAUUGAGUGACAUGUUCCAUUGAGCAUAACACAAAUACACCCAUCAUCUUAUUAUCAUAUGGUAAGUUGAUAUAGAGCAGAGUGCACCACCCACCCAUGAUAACCCAUUCAUCUAAGGGGAAGAAACACUGGUUGUAGACCUGAAAUGGUCAUUUAUGAAAAAGAUCUUAGAAUGGAGGUGAAUAAAAUAAAAAUACAUGUAUUUUCAACACGACACGGUUCUGAAGUAAAAACGUUCUCCUCCCCAGAACUCCACGACGGAGGCCAGCGCGGUGGACGAGACCACGGCGGAGGGCUGGGAGAGCCGCAUCCGCCAGUGGACUGACCAGUACGAGGAGGCCACGGCUAACCAGUACAGUGCUGACGUCCAGACACUGCUCCAGCUGCACCGCGCCGCCACCGUUACAGUCGCCGCCGAUGGCGUGGUAGUGGGCAAGAUGACGCCAGCGGCGACGACGACGACCUCACCGGCCCAGGUCAACCCAUCGGCCGACGCCAUGGAUACAAUUAACCGCACGGAGUUGGCGUGCAACAACACGGUGCUUGGCUCUCAGAUGCAGUUACAGCUGGGGCGGGUGACGCGCGUGCAGAAGCACCGGAAGAUCCUGCGGGCGUCAAGGGAUCUGGAGCCAGACACCCUGAUCAUCGAGUACCGGGGCAAGGUCAUGCUCAAACAGCAGUUUGAGGUCAACGGACACUUCUUCAAAAAGUAUGCAUUCAUUCACUACACUUAUUCAUAUGGUUGCAGAAUUCCCCAAAAUUCCAUGCUUUUUCAAGCAGUAUUUAAAAACAAGUGGCAUCUUUGUUUUUUUUUUGCAACCUGACCAACUCAUUUGUAAGAUGUAAAAACUGACAUUUUAAGGUGGAAUAUUUUGGUUUUCAUAUGCUGCACCAUUGCAUGGCUUUUAAAUGUUUUAUGAAGGAAAUUGAGGAUGUAUUCAGGAUAAACACACUUCAGCUGUAAAAUAUUACGCAUAAAUACACAUUUUGACAUGGUUUUGACUUUUUCUAGGCCCUACCCUUUCGUGCUGUUCUACUCCAAAUUCAACGACGUGGGGAUGUGCGUGGACGCGCGGACAUUUGGGAAUGAUGCACGCUUCAUCCGGAGGUCCUGCACCCCCAACGCAGAGGUCAGCCAUCUUGUUUUUUUUUUUCCUUCAAGAAAGGCAUUGGGUGUAUCUCAAUAGUCUACACUUACUCCCUCAUCUCCUCUCCUUAGUUCACCUCACUCAUUUGAAAUGUUAGACCAGGUGAAUUUAGCUCUCACCGUUCCUAGUCUCUUACAUCAGCAUAGAGGAAGGAAAAGAGAUGGGGAGAGGAGGCCAUUUAAGACUAUUGAGACGCACCCUUCUAGAACAGUGGUCUCCAACAGGUCGAUCAAACAAUUCCGAAAGUAGGCCGAUAUGCAAUUUGUCGUGUGUUCCAUUGCAAACUUUCAUAAACAAUCAAUUUGGUAGUUUUUUUCCAGGCCUAAAAAAAAUUGUAUUCUGAUGUGAUUUAACCAUGAACAUGGACAUCCAAUUUCGUUGUUUCUCUAUGAACAAUUGUAAUUUUGAGAGUGAAAAACCAGGAAAAAUACAACUGAGAAAACACUAAUUUAGGAAUAAAUUACAGAUUUUAUUGUGCCCCCCUUAGAGUUGUUUAUUAACCAUUAUUUUACCAGGUAUAUUGACAGAAAACACAGUGCACUACUUUCUCUUGUACACUAAGGACCUGGGGAAGAAUAGCAGGGGAGAAGAGAAGAAUGUUCCUAUUUGAAAGCUAGAAAAAAAUGAGUAGCUUGCGAACAUGUUUCAUAAAAAAAAAAAAAAAGUAGCUCUCAUGCUAGAAAAGGUUGGAGACCCCUGUUCUAGAGGGAAAUGGAUACAAUCAUCGCCAAGCUAAUCCAUAAUGUCUUCUGUCCCCUCUCCAGGUUCGGCAUAUGAUCGCCGAUGGCAUGAUCCACCUCUGUAUCUACGCCGUCACGCAAAUCACCAAGGACGCCGAGGUCACCAUCGGCUUUGACUACGAGUUCAAUAGCUGGUCAGUAUCUAUCAAUCUAUCAAGUAAAUCUGUAAAGCUUUUUUAUAUCAGCACAAAGUUUCUCUCUUUCUUCUCUCUCGCUCGACCCUACAGUGUCCAGCAUCUUUGGGUUUUAGAAAAGCAUGCUAAAAAUCCUAUUGUUAUCGUUAUUACAGUAACUACAAGGUAGACUGCGCCUGCUACAAGGGCAACCAGCACAACUGCCCCGUGCAGAAGCAUAACCUGAGCCCGCGCGAGACCCUGCUCUGCCCCGCCACGGGGUCACUGCCCACGCCCUCCCAGCUCCCGGCACCCACGGGGGCCGAGACGCGGCGGCGGAAGGCCCAGCGGAGAGAGAUGGAGGGGCCAGGCGGCGGCAAGGGACCGUGCGGGACGUCAGACGACAGUAACCAGCCACCCGAGGAGAGUGGCGAGGUCCGGGACACGCUGCAGGGCAACGUCAGCCUGGGCAACAGCGACACAGAGGUGUGUGUGUGUGUGUGAAGUGUUUGUCUUGGUGCAAAGACGUGUGUGUCCGUAUACACAGGAAGUUACCGUUGGUGUGUGUGUGUGUGUGUGUGUGUGUACGUAUAAAGACAGGAUGGGUGGGGUGUAGAGGAUUUUGUGGUGCUUUCCCACAAAGACACACUGGGGUGUGUGUACACUGUGUAAUGAAAAUGUAGGUGCCAUUUAGCAAUCACAAAGUAAUGUGUGUGCAUGUGUGUUACAGGAGGGACUCCUAGAUGGGGUGAAGCUGGAGGAAGGAGAGGAGGAAGAGCUGGACGAGAACGGAGUCCUCAUCUCCAGUAGACCGGUAUGUGCUACAUCACCGCUCUGACACAAUUCCUGUCACACCAACCCACUGUCACUAUCAAAUCAUAGUAUAAGUCUGCAGUUCGUAACCCACUCUCUCUGUCCCUGUAGAAGAGGACGUCCAGCGCAGGGGGCAUGGAUGAGCUUAAACAGGAGGGCCUGGAGUCUGUAGAGGGGAGCGGAGGGAACCCCACGGGGGUUAACGCCGCGCCCCACCAAGCAGGGGUGGGGAUAAGCACCCGCCGUGCCACCUACGUCACCGUGAGUCAGACUUUCCUCCCCCUUACCGCCACAUUCUCUUAUUGAACUUUGUGACCAAUUUUCCAAUUUCAAUAUCGACCCCCCCCGGACCCCCCCCCCCCCCCCCUAACAGAAUCUCUCUCUCUCUCCAGGAACCCUCCUCAGCAGCCGACACAGACAAGGCCCCGGCGUGUACCACUCCCCAUCUGGCCCCUCUCGCUGCACCCUCCAAGCCUCCCCCGGCCCGCUCCUCCAAGCCACGGCCCAAGAGCCGCAUCUCGCGCUACCGCUCCAGCUCGUCGCAGCGAGCCCGGCGCCAGCGGCAGGCCCUGGCCCUGCAGCAGGCGGCCCUGGAGCAGGCGGUGGUGGCCGAGGGGCAGGAGGGUCCCCUGGGGGGCCCCGGGACAGAGCUGGGGAUGGGGGACGGAGCACUGGGAGCUGGGCAGCUCCUCGACGGAGAAGGCCUGAGUGCUCUGAACAAGGGCAACCUGCGCAACCUGCCUAAGACUAAGAAGGUGAGAGGGAUGGGGCUGGCUUCUAACCACCAUAUUUUUUUGGGAUUUAAUUAUUUAUUAUUUAUUUAACCUUUAAUGUACCAGGACAACUCUUUAGUUUUUUUGUAUUACAGCGUUUAUAGGCCAAUAUACACAAAUGUAGAAUUUGGCACUAAAAGUCUCUUCCACCAUUUAUUGUUAAAAAAUAAUUCCAAAAUGUCUCGCUAAAAAGUCCCUUUUAGAAUUUGCCGCUAACAAGUCUUCCAGAAUUUGUUUGCUAACAAUUAUUCCCCCCCGACCCGACCCAGUAUCUGGUGACUGAGUGGCUGAACGACAAAGUGCUGGACAAGGUGGCCCAGCAGGAGGUGCCCACGGUGGAGCGGCAACUGCGCAUCACCACCGACCCCACGGUGCUGGCCACCACGCUCAACAUGCUGCCGGGGCUGGCGGCCUCGCCGCUCAUCUGCACGGCGCCAAAGCACUACGUGCGCUUCGGCUCGCCUUUCAACCCUGAGCGCCGGCGCCGGCCCGUCAGUGUGGACGCCACCUACGGCUCCUUCAAGAAGGUAACAGUGGAUAGAGUUGUGAAGUUGGGGUUAAAUUGGGAAUAGAGGUAGUUGGGAAAUGUAGUGUGACGUGUAGUGGGUGCUUGAGAAGGACAGGGCUGUUUAGAAGUGGAUGCAUCCCAAGUGUACGCUUGUUCACUACCCUUCAUAGGUUUGAAGGAUAUUCAGUAUUCCAUUAUUUUGUCUCAUGCCUGUUUGUGUCUCCCGUCUGUGCAGAGAUGGAUCCAACAAGCCCAGGAUGAGAGCGGGCUGUGCUCUGGGGGCCUGGAGGACGGCACCGAGUCCACCUCCUCCCACCAAAGUAACAGCAGCAGCUCCACCCCCAACCCUUUCAAAGCCGGUAUCUAGAAACUUCUUUUUGGUGUUCACUGUCUACUAACAAGUCUAGUAGCAUUUGUUAUCUAGUACAGACCUGGUUUAUACUAUCCAAAGUCUUUUCAAAUACGUUGAGCAUUUGCAAGGUGGACGAUGUUUGCACUUUUGGGACUUUUCUUUUGGUUCCAUUGCAACAGGUCAGCCAAGCACAGCUGCAGUAUUUGAAAGGUUUCUAAUAGUUUAAAUAGUUUUUUGGAACCUGGGUCUGGUAUAGCAGUCUUGCUGUUGAGGAGAACACUUGCACAUCCUCAGACGUGCCAGCAUUUAGCUGUCAAUUGUCGCCAAUGUUUAGCGUUGAUUAUUAGUCUGGUAUUGUUUUACUUACUUUCUCCUAAUUAGUCCACCAUGUACAUCAUUUAAAUGAACCUAACCCCAAAUGAAGAUCCUUUUCAUCAGUGUGCGCUGACACCUGUCACAGCAGGUCAUCUGACGCUAUUGCUUUCUUUCCCCUCACCCUUCUUUCCGAUACAAAGAACUGGCGGCGCCCCCUAAGAAGCGGCGGUCCAUAUAUGGCCCGGAGGUGGAGGCAGCGCCACCUUUGCCCGGCUCAGAAGAGCACGGUCUGCUAUUGCGGCCCCUGUCGCCCAUCACGCCCCCGCUGCCCUCGGACCACCCCCUGCUCAGCCCCGCCUCAUACGCCGCUGCCGCGCUGCUGGAUUGCUACGGCGACGAGGAGCGCCGGCGAUCCAACAGCAUUGCUGGCUACUCGCCACUGCCCUCGCUGCCAACCAGCCGCUGCAACACGCCACUGCAGUUUGAGGUACUUUGGAAGGAUGCAGAGAACACACCCACAGGACAGAAAUACUCUCACACACAUGCACACACACACACACAGAGGACAUACUGAGCGUGUGUCAAUUGGGUACCAGAACAUAUGAAAAUUCUGCAUACAGAACUACAGUGCAUAAACAUGGUUGUUUUCACUGUGCUGUCUAUCUGUUUCUAAUGGUAUUUCAUGUCUCUCGCUCUUCUACCCAUCCAGAACAUAUCAUCUCCAGAAGCCUCUCCUGUGCACAGGCCAGAUUCAAUCUCUCCAGAGGUAGGCAUUCAUCCCACAGAUCCAGAGUAGCUGUGAGAGCACUGGAGACGGGGCUAGAUGCGUUAGCUUUAGCGUCACCGGAUAGGGAACACGGGACAGAUGAUGUUUUUCUUUGUCACAGGUUUUGUUUCGUAACUCUUUCCCUUUCUUCUUCCUCCACCUGUAGCCGUGUCUGCAACCGGACUUUGAUGCCCCGCGCUGCGCCCUGCAGUUCCCCGACUUGUCCUCGGGCCUCGAUGGGCCCGUGCCCGCCAUGUCGGACGACUUCUCUCUCCUCUUGGCAACAGGGCCUCCUCCCCCCGACACGCAGGGGCCGCUGGCUUCCAUGGUGGGCGGGGGAGGCCUCCUCACUCCCCUGGCGCCAGGCACCCCGUCCGAGUCGGCACAGCAGGCUAGAGAGCAGAGCUUCAGGACUGAGUUCAACCUCAUCUAUACCUGCUCCCCGCUCAACGCCAACCUGGGCAACCCCGCCACCACCGACAGGCGCCUCAGCCAAUCGGAGGGCAGCUUCUCCCCGGCCGAGUCCUUCUACAGCACCGUGAGUGGCCAAGGGCCCCUGGUGGAGGCAGGGCCUGGCUCUCUGUCGCCCUACGGCGAGCCGCACUAUGGCGGGGGCUACCCUGACAGCGGCACGCCGCCCCACCACACCAGCAACCCACCGCAGAAAAAGAAGGCAAGUCCUCCAACUCUCUCAGCUUCUUCCUGCUUUAGUUCCCCCCCCCCCCCCCCCCCCCCCCCCCGAAGAAAUUGUACUAUUAACAAAGAUAUUUGUGUUUAAAUUAAACUCCCAAAUGGGGGUAUGAUCGGUAGGUCAUGUCUGUAGCGGCAGUAUGGAAGAAGUGCCUACCUGCUUAUUGGUAUAAUGUCCAAAUUUGAGGGGAAAGAGUGAAAUAGAGUGUGGUAGAGUAUGUGCAAACUGAAUGGCUGCUCAGUCAUUGUAGUAUUUCCUUGCUUUGUGUUGUCCAUUCACUUUGUGUCAAAUGGACUCAGUUAUUCCACAUCGAGAUAAUUAAAUCAAAAUAGACGCGGGGUAACAAUUGUUAUACAUUUAUACUUUCGAGGCUCUCAGUUCAGUGGGCGCAUUUACUCUGUACUGUCUUUAGAAACAAAUAAUGCCAAACUUCUACUACUUCUAGAAUGAUUUACACAUUUCUCUUUCUUUAUGUGUAUUCUGUCUUUCCUACUGCAGCUAGCCCAACAGGUUGUGUGUUCUGUCGACCCUCUCCCCACCCUCCCACUCCCCCUAUGCUCCUCCUGAAACCUUUGCCAAGUCUUUAUUCCACUGUUUCUUCCAAGGCAGAGGGCCAACCUGCAAACCGUUAGUCUGCUGACAGGACAGCCAGGUUACCAGGCUAUAGCAGUAAGACGUGAAUACAAGACAGUACACAAUAUGGUGAAUAUUUCCAUACCAUUUAGAAGUGUGCAUGUAAAUAUUGUUUUGCAUCCGCAUACAAACCCCACGCCCCGCCCCAAACCCGCCUUCUCCAAAAACGUACAUGAGUAUGGCCUAUUAUAUCAAAACACCUCUAUAUCAGAAACACCUCUAUAUCAGAAACAUGGUCACCCCAUCGUCUCGGAGCGCCGUGCUACGAGCCUGAUGGUUCAUGAUGUCAUAUCCGGCUGCCGAGGUUGGGCUGGGCCAUGUUGGCGUAGGCUUCACUGGCCAUUCGUCUAUGGUCCAUCUCAUCCAUAGUUCUGUCCCCCUGUGCCCGCACCCCCUUUCACCAGCCUUGACCCAUGCCCAAGUCCGAUCCAUACCAGCAGUAUGGCCAAUGCCCAUCUAAGAACCAUACUAGCAGCCCUUCAAGAGGCACCGCUAAGGGCCCAAGGACAAUCAGAAGGUCCAUAAAAGUAGUCUUUGAGGUCCAAUCAGAAUCAAAAGGCCCUAACAAGUACAGUAGUCCUCAGGUCCGAAACCCCUACUGUGUGGCGAUUCUUCAAGUCCUAGGUUCUAGGUGGGGCCUCCUGAGGGCCCCCCCCCUCCUCUCGGCCCUCUUUGGGUUGAACUCUCCGCCCCCCGAUAGCCAUGAUAUCGGACUGUCCAUUCAGCCAGCCUUCUCCAUCUCUCAUCCCCACCCCCUCCUUGAGUCUCCUGCCUGUGCCAUGAUGACAUUCUGCCGGGCUGUUCUCUCUCAUUCUCUUGAGUGUGGGUGUAUGUACCGUACGUGAGUGCCCCGUGGUUCUGUUUUUGUCGUGUUUCCUUUUUUCUGUUUUGUUUCUUGCCUCGCAGUGGUUGCUUUGUGUUGUGAUGUUUCAUUUGAUGGUAAUGAUGAUGUUAAGUUGCCUGUGCUGAUGUUUCAUUUUGGCCUGUUACUAACUAUCCACAAAGGCUUCAAAUGUCAAACAGAACUGUGUUGCGUGACAACCCAUUUAGAACAUGAUAGCUUCCCGAUUCUGGUAAUAACACUGAUGCCAAUAUCAAUACUCUGGGACAAAAAGCCAUUUUCGUUGCCAUUCAGCAGGGUUUUGUCCCGACACUGUAGGGAGAGAGUGCUAAAGCUACACUGGAUUGCGUCUUUGUUUUUCUGUUAUUCUCGAAGUCGACUGAUUCAAAUUGUCAGCCAAGGUAUUGUAUUUUUUAAUAAAAUGCAAAUUAUUACUUAAAUAUCAUACAAUGUGAUUUUCUGGAUUUUUGUUUUAGAUUCCGUCUCUCACAGUUGAAGUGUACCUAUGAUAAAAAUUACAGACCUCUACAUGCUUUGUAAGUAGGAAAACCUACUUAGCAAAAUCGGCAGUGUAUCAAAUACUUGUUCUCCCCACUGUAUGUAUCCACGUCAGAUAACCACAGCAACAGAGGAUGUUCACCAAUCAUGGAACAAAAUAGAACUUCCAGGAUGGUAGAAGUAGAAGAUUGGUGACCUGUAGUUUCUCUUCCGUUUAGGGUUUGGUAACAUUUUGGAUGUUUGGUCAGUCAGUUGAUAACAUGUAAGCGAAAGUGCAUUCAAGGUAAGUCGUCUAACAGUUGAGUUGAUGCAUGACAUCUGACCAUACCGCCAUACUGUACUGGUGAAUAAUCACUAGUGUCGCAAUGCAACCAAUGGUAUUGUACCAAUGUGUGACAUCAUGGUGAGUGUGUGUGACCUCAUGGGACUAAUGCUGUACAUAUGGCUGACUAGGGAUGGUUCUUUUCCCUCGACUCCUCAGGUGUCUCUGCUGGAGUACCGUAAGAGAAAGCAGGGGAGCAGCAAGGACCCAGAGCCCGGGUGUAGCUCCCUGGGCACCCCCACCCGCCCCAGCUCCAUCUGUGCCAGCGCCGAGUCCCCCGGAGGCCUCCGUUCCUUCCACCUGCAGCCCCCGGCCUCCCCCCACAGCUCCUUCUCCUCCCCCACCCACUCCUCCAUCUCACAGAUAGAGGAGGUGAGCCCCCCAGAUAACCAACACAACAGCACCACCUCCCACGCUCCAGGACCAGCAACACAGCAGCAGCCUGGGGCUCAGGAAGGCACCAGCCACUGGUAAGACUAGACACCACAUCACAUCCUCUCACAGCACUUUGUUCCCUGUCAGUGUUUCCAGACAUAUCCAUCUUUGCUCUCCCACCUUUUGUGUGACGUGUUGUGGGAUUUGAGACCAUUUGCUUGUUAUGGCAAAGGUGGGAACAUCAGCAACCUGAGCGCCAUGCAGUGUCUCCAGACAUAGCCAGCUGAUCUGAACAUAAGUUGGGACAUAUAAAAUCUGCAAUGCGGAGAACACGGACGGAAUCACGGAAUCCAGACAUUAAAGUGGAAUUCAACAAUAUAAUUUUUUUUAUUGGACUUAGUAGGAAAUCAAAUAAAUGUAUUGAACUUAUUAGAAAAGUAAUUACUGUAAUUUUCGGACUAUAAGCCGCGCCUUUUUCCCCAUUUUUCGACCCUGCGGCUUAUAUAACGGUGCGGCUAAUCUAUGGAUUUUUACAGCUAACGGCCACUAGAAGACCUCCUAAAUCUAUGGAUUUUACAGGUUACAGUCCACCAACUUUAACUCUUUGGGCUCUAUGACCGGUCCGCGCCCCCCACCUUUAAGCGGCGGGCUCCAGCAGGAAAAGCUGGAGGCUGUAAAAGAGUGAGACAGGUAGCGCGCAAAAGUAAAAGUGGAACCGAGAGUGGUACGAGAGACAGAACGAGAGCAAGACAGACAGACAUUACGAGAGCGAGACAGUUUGUGCAAAGGAAGUUUUCAUGCACAAACCCUCAUUAUGGAAAACAAACGUAGAAAUGCAUUUGAUGCAGCUUUUAAGUUAAAGGCAGUCAAUCUGGCUGUAAAAGAAGGAAAUAGAGCUGCUGCACGUAGCCUUGGCAUCAAUGAGUCAAUGGUGAGACGUUGGAGACGCCAGCGGGAAGAACUGUAUCAAUGCAAAAAUUCAAAAAAAGCUUUCAGAGGUAUGCAAAUAUGCAACUUGUUUGUUGAAAUGUUAAUAAAUGGGAGCUUCCUCAAGCAGCCAUCUCUUUCCCGACAAUCCCCUCUGUGCACGUACCCUUACAUAUGGUAAUUAAACAUUAAAACACCUGCGGCUUAUAGUCCAGUGCGGCUUAUAUAUGUACACAUCAUUCAAUUUAGCUGCUGCGGCUUAUACUCCGGUGCGCCUUUAUAGUGCGGAAAAUACGGUAAUUAGCCCAAGUUUACCAUAAGACAUGAACAGAGGGCAUCAGUAAUUCAUAUUUUCCUUCAACUUCUCGGCACAGGAAUGCCCCUACCAGUGUGCGCAGUGCGUGCAUAUUUCAACCACUUUGUGUACCCGUUAGCGAUUAUGCUAAUGAUAACCGUCUUUUGGUAGAUGGAAAGGUUUCCCAAAAACCUUCUUAAUUAAAUGUUAACUACAAAGUAGCCUAUGCCUGCCUGGCAGAAUGAUAUCAUGAUUAUUUGCAUUAAUUCGGUGGGCAUUUGCAUUCACAUGUCUUGCUGGUGUGCAGUUGAAUUAAAGGGUAACUACACUCAUAAAAAAAAUCUUACAUUUUUCCCAGACCUCAAAAGUGGCCUCCUGAUGUGGUGUAAGCAUUGUUGUGGACUUGGAACUUCAAAUAUGGUUGUUUUCCUAUUAAAAAAUAGGUGAUUUUGAAAGCGAAACAUGAAAAAUUGGCAGAAAAACUAAACGGAAUUGGGCAAAAAAAAAUGCACAGAAUUUAUAGGGUCCUACAUAAGCCCCUUGUGUGUGACUGAACGUACUGUACAUGACGGUGUUGGUGUUUUGCUCUGGUCCAGGAUGGUGCCCACGACAGUUGAGCGGCUGAGGGAGGGCCAGGGCGUCUUAGAGCGGGUACUGAGGGGCUCCCUCAAGCUGGACCGUGUGCUGAAGAGAACGGACGGCUCGGCUGCAGACAAGGACCCUGGUACUGCACUCGUUUUCACCACCAGUUGUUCUGGUUUUCACAUGAAUGAAGUAGUAGCAAAUUCAAGCCAGAUGUCCUCCUGUCCCAAUUUUAGUCUAGACUAAAACAGACGUCUAGUCUGAAAUAUAGAGGUAUGUUUAGGCUGGUUUGUCUUGGUUUUCUUGUCUAGGUUUGUCUUGUCUGAAAUGUAGAUACAGUAUCUAGCCUAGUCUGGAACAAAGACGUUUGCCAAAUUCAUUUCAGAUUCAGAGGCUUCAGGGAAUGCGCAUGCAUGUACCAUCUGUUCUCCUGUUAAGCUUGUGUCCUGUUAUGUUUAUCCCAGAUGCAGACCGGUAUGAAAUCCAGACGGUACCCCUGGCCUCUCCCAUGAAAAGCCCACAGAGGUACAGCCCGUCUGUCUACACACAUCAGGUAUGGUGUCCCUUGUAAUUUGUGAGAGUUUAGUGUUUUCUUUUGCUUGGUUUUGUUUUGUCUGGCCUGGUUUUUGUUUUGGCACUCUUGUGUUUGGAUAUUAAUUAGUUUGAGCUGUGUACUAGGGUGUCAGGUGAAUUUAGUGUGUUUUGUCGUUCUAAGGUGCAGCCCCCCUUAUCGGAGAGCCACCACCAGACAGCGGACAGUCCGGCCUUCCUUCAGCAGAGCGUGUCCUCUCCAUUCCGUGGCUCCUACAGCCCCUCGGCUCCCCCCCCCUCAGGCCAGGGCUUCUACCCUCGCCUGUCCUCCCACUCCGGCCUGUCUCAAGACCCCUCGCAGCAGCAUCAACAACAGCCCCUCAACCCCCUGUCCUCCUUCCCCAACCAAACCACCUCCACUGCAGACUCAGCGCUGUGUGGGGCCUCCAGAUCGCCAGGAGGCCCCCUGCACCAGCCGAGCGGCAGCAGCAGUAUGGACGGGUCUCACAUGUACAGUGGCGGUAGCCACCUAAAAGCCAGCCUCUUGAACAGUGGGUUGUCGGGGUCUCCCACCCCUGGCUCCAGGGCUCACGGCAACCCUAAAACAGACUUGGGUGCGGCAGGGAACCCGGCGUCCCACCACGCCUCCAGACUGAGCCAGCAGCAGGCGUCCCGGAGCCUGAAACCAGGCAGCCCCGGGCAGACAGUGCUGCAGGCCGGCUCCAGGCUUCUGGCGGCCUCCACCGGCCAACACUACCCGCAGCGCGGGACACCCCUCAGUCAGUUCCAGCACCCCCCCAUACAGGGGUCAGGAGUAAGGACAAAGUCAGGAAGCUUUUAGGACGUUGUUUGUGUGUGUGUGUGUGUGUGUUUGCGAGAGCGCGUGUGAAAUCGUGUACCUCCUCUCUUAAACCCUGUGGAGAAACUAGGCUUGGGGGAGGGGAUAUGUACAGACCUAAGAGGACUCGGCUUCUAGUGUGGAUUUCUCCUUUCUUAUUUUCUUUUGUUUUAUCUGAAAAUAAAUUACUGCAUUCUACACAUGGCUAAUUGUGGGACUUCAACCUCAUCAAGGAAUCAAUGGAAAAGAGAAAAAAGCUAAUGUGUAAUUUCAAAUUGCCCUGACAUGAACAGACUGUGUAAAACAGGCUAAGUAGAUGGUAAAACUCAACCACGAUUAUCUGUACAAAGUGUUUUCUUUGUUUUCUUUUUAAAGAAGCGUACCUAUUGUUUUGGUACCUGAUUUGAUAAUGCUGAGAUGGCAGGUGUAACUCAGCAGAGACUUUGUCGAGGUUACUUUUUGGAUUUGGCUAGAAGCCGGGUCAGUCCUGCAGUAUAAGUGUUUCGUUUGAAAAGGGGAAACAAUACGAGCAAGAGCGUAUGUGUGUGUCAUCCGUUAUAAAGAUGCAGAGGGUGGCAAACGAGCUGCCUAAAAAUCAUUCCUUAUGAUUUCCAGCUUUUUGUGUCUCAAACUUAGCCAAUUUCUGAAAACUCUUGAUCUGUAUUUUACUGUUCAUUGAUUUUCUUCUGCUCUUUUUUUCUUUCCUACCUGACUCUGUUGAUUUGAUGUAUUACUACUUCUCAGUAGAUUUGCUAUAUUGUACUUGAGUCAUACAGAUCUUGUAAUUCAUGGUGCUGCAGUUGUUUUCGUCUUUUUAAAUUAUUUACAUUCAAAUCCAGUUAUGUUCCACACAAACCGGUUGAUUCAACUCAUCUGUAAUUUGGAAUCAGACUUUUGCCAGAAAUACAUCCUAGUAAUCGUUAACUUUUUAUUGUGCUAAGAAGCCGAAUACAUUUUUUUCCUUCUUUACUCCGUUGUUGGGUUUGUUGUCUCUUGAAUCCUGUCGGAUUCUUUUUAUGAAAAUGUAUUGAGAAUAUAUUUUUUCUCUCCCUCUGACCAAUCCUUGCAUUCCGUAUGCCACCUAAGAAAAUAGGAGGAUAAUCUAUGGCGGAAUUUGUUUGAAUGGUAUAAAAAAAAAAAAAG